UAAAAAUAUUUAAUGUCAAAUAUUUUAAGCAAUUCACAUGCAGAAACACUGUGACACUGAAAAUUUAAAAAUAAAUUUUAAAACGAUGGAUGAAACACCAGUUUUGAAGCGACCUAAACCAACUGAUAGUGAGAAAGAAUUAUUUCUUAUGCAAGAAGACUUUUUGAAAAAUAAACAUCAACCAUCCGCAAAAGUAAUCAAUUUGCGAGGAUUCGCAAAUCCUUUUAAUACUACUUCUAACACAACUACUGAAAAUGAGACAAGUUCUGGUAAAGUAAGAUCAAAAUUUUCUCAAUUGAAAAAACUGAAAGUGCAAGACAAACUUUUUACUUCGCAAAGUAGUGGUAAUGUUAUAAAUCCUGCAAUUAAAGAAACAGAAAAAAAAUUAAAAGCUGGUCUGCAGGAUUCUGUUCGUAACAUACCAUUAGCACCUUCAAGAAUAAUAUUAGGAAAUAUUGUGGAGAAGAAAUAUGAUGCAUGCAAUUAUGAAUUUAAUAAAAAAGAACCCUCUUGCUCGGAUAUAGGUUUUCCUGAAGUUUUUGUUUCUAAACAUACGAAAAAUGAUAAAAAUCAGAGCCAAAGUUUAUUUUGGCAACAAAUUUCUGCUGAAGCCCAUGCCACAAAGAAAGUAGAAUUCCAGAAUUCUGAACUUUUAACUACUACUGAUAGUAAUAGUGUUAUUGUAGAAGGAUCUUUGGCAAACGAAAUACAUAAUGAAAAUUUAGAAAAAUUAAACCAGAUGAGUCAAGAAGACAUAUUGAAAGAGAAAAGUAAACUUGAAAUGACUUUGAAACCAGAAUUAAUACAAUUUUUAAAAAAUAGGAAAAAAAAUGUUUUUGACAGACCUAAUGAAAGUAUACCUAAAAAUGUUGAUAUUAUACCAAUGCAAGUAGAUGAACCCGAACAAAGUAUACCAAAACCCUCCAUAGAAUUAAUGGAACAAGCUAAAGAAAAGGGUUGGGUACAUAUGGAUUCUAUUGAACCUGAAAAAUUAAAAUGGAUGGAAGAUUUACCUACUGAGAAAAAAGAUGAACCUGCUUCAGAUGAACCAUACAAUGCUCGUUUUGAUUUUAAUGGUGUAUUGCUGGCAUAUAAAGAUGAAAAUGUGCCAAUUGAAAAAGGUCUCCAUCAUCAUGGUGAAGAACCUGAACGUCCGGGAUAUUCUCUACAGGAACUUCUACAACUUAGUCGAUCAUCAGCGCAACAGCAACGUUGUACAGCUCUUACAACAUUAGCAAAUAUCAUAGAAAAAAGUCGUCAGGGCUGGUAUGAUAAAGUAUUACAACCUGCACCUUUGACUGCACUAAGUCAAAGAAAUAUUUUAUUAUUAUUGAGAUUCUCACUGGAUGAUACUUCAGUUGGUGUGGUUACAGCAACUUUGCAAGCACUUAAAGCUUUUUUAUAUAGUGAAGCAGAUGAAGUCUGCUUAGAUAGACUAUAUGGUUUUCAAAAUUACAAUGAACCUAUUCUGGCAACACCAAAAACUGAUGUGACUGAUACAAGUAAUUUAAAAGAUCACGAAUUAGCGCAAUUGGAUGCCAUUGCUGCUUUAUUGAGAACUGAUAUACUUAUAAGAAUUAGAUAUAUUUUGAGUGAAAUGCGGCCACCACCUAUUGGCGUAACAUGUGCAUUGGAAAUAUUAAUUCGACUUGUAAGACAUUCACCUAUUACUGUCUUAAAAAUUGCAGAUACUCCACUCUUAUUAGAGACUAUAAUUGAACAUUUUAUACCAUUAUCUGCAAAUCCAUUAGCAAUGGCAGAUGUUAUAAAUAAUGUUUAUGGAGUUCCUGUAAUCGCUGCAGUUAGAUUUUGUCGCGUUUUACUUUGUUAUGAAGGAAAAUCUAUUGCUAACAAGUUAAACAACCUUAAAAUUGUGGAGCGUAUUAUGUCAUAUGUCAGCUGUGAUGCGGGGAAAGCCAGUUUUAAUCUUAGCAUUGAAAGUUUACGAUUAUGGAAGACAUUACUAUUGCAUGAAGAAGCAGUGGAUAGUCUAACUGGGGCACAGUUGGUUCUUGUAUCACAGUUGCAGCUUUUAUUAAGCAAUCAUGAUAUUCAACGUGCAUCUGAGUUGUCCUGUGAAUAUGCAGCAGCUCUAAUUGCUGUUGCAAGUUGCUUGACACCUUUAAAAGCAAAUAUAUCAGUGUUACUAUCCAAGUGGAGCACACAAUUAUUAUCCUUAAAUAAUGUUACGUGGGGUAAUAUGAAACUAAUCGCAGAAACGUUACUAGCAGUUAGUGAUAGUACUGCAAUUGAAACAUUGAUCAUAUCACGAUCGCAAGUGUUUUCUAAACUUAGUUCUACCUCAAAUUUGUUAAGUGAUUGUUCUUUAGCUACUGAACGUGAACCUUCUUGUUUACCCCACCUGGGUGUAUUAACCCAUGAUGGACAAUUACAACCUAUAGUACUUCAACAUUCUUCUAUGCCUUUUCUUGCAACAGUUUUAAAUACAUUUGUUAAUCAUUCUUUUGUUGAAGAAAUUCAAGCAGUAAUUAAUCUUCCUCAACUUUAUAAGUAUUUAAAAAAAUUGGAAACAACGAAAUGGUGUUUAGAAAGAUCGUGGUAUACGAGAUCCGAAUUAUUUUUCUUGGUUGCUAUAGUAAAUGCAGCUUCUUUAGUUAAAAAUAAAUUAGAUAAUAAGACAGCACAUGUUAUUUGGAAAAUUGCUGUCAAACUUGUAUCAUCUUUACCUGCCGACUGUCCAUCUCAUGUAAAAGAUAUGCUUAAGGUUGCCUUAGCAGAGGAGAAAUUAAAUUUGGAAAUAGUAACAAAUGAAUUAGAAAAGAUGAAUUUAAAUUCAAAUCUUGAGGAUAUAAAACUAAAUUUAAAACAUGACGUGGCUGGUUUAUACGAACAAUAUGUGGCAUUAAAUGGUACAUGGGAUCAAGCGGCGAUGCCUAAAGAUUGGCUUUAUUUGCCUGUGGUACAUGUUUAUACAAAGUGCAGAAAUAAUAGUUCAUGCAACGAAGAUGAUAAAACUCUUAUUUUAGCUGUACUAAGUUUGGAGUUAAUAUUACCAGACUUGGUUGAAAAACUAUCACAAAGUUUGAGGUUUAGUAGAUUAGUUCUUGUGUAUUUAUGUGACACGUUGUAUUUAAAUAGUGAUGUUUCUGCAUUGCUUACUCGAGCUGCUACAACUUUAUUAAAAGAUAAUUACAAGAAACUUAAUUUCACAAUAGAUGUGCCGGGACUGAAUUCGUUUACUGAUUUGUUUACUGCAAUGUGCGAACAUUUCUGUUCAACUUCCUAUGGUGAUUAUGGGUUUUCAAUGGCUCUGUUGGUACCAAUAGCGCAGAGGCACGAUGUUCAUUACAGAAAAUUGUUAUGGUCGGAACACGCAGGUUUGCUUCGAUAUCUCAGAUUACCUUUAGGACAGCUAGUUAUCCCAUUAAAAGAGUACUUUUAUCCCCUCGAAGAAGAUACGUCUUUAAUAGAAAGUUACUUAACGGCGCUUGUUAGGGGAAUUGUUAAACAAAAUUGGUGUCCUAUUCCUUAUGCAAUUGCAGUACAUCAUUCUGCAAUGUAUUUGAAACAGACAAGCAAAUUAGCAAUACGAAUGAGAACACAAUUAGAAAAAAUACCCAAUAAGGCAUUAGUUGCUCUUCUAUUAAAUUAUCAAUCACCUACGUUAUAA